CAGACCAAAAGAAAAUAAUAAGGAUAAAGAAGAAAAUGUUGAAGAAAUAGAAUUAGAAACUGGAUUAAUAAAUAAUGAGGAAAAUCAACCAGAACCAGUAGUAGAAAACCAAGAAUUAGCCGAAGUAGUUAGCACUGAAGUAAACCAAACCGAAGUAUCUAAUGCUGAAGAAAGUCAAUUAAUGGUUGCUGCUGAAGAAGAGGAAAUAAGCAAAAAUUUAGAGACAAAAACUCCUUGGCAAGAAGAAUUAAAGGGAGAAAGAGGAAAAAUAACAGAAUUGGACAUUAGUAAAAAAGGCUUUGGAGAAAACCUAGAUCUUUCAGAUUUUAUUAAUUUAAAAGAAUUGAAUUGUUCUGAUAACAAACUAGCCUCUCUCAAUCUUAGCAAUUGUUCCCAGUUAGAGAGAGUUAGUUGCUUUAACAAUCAACUAACCAAUCUCACUUUACCUACUAAUCCCACUAAUUUAAAGAAAUUACAUCUAAAUAAUAAUAACUUCCCUCCCCAAGACUUAUCUUUUUUAACCGGAGUUGUUAAUUUAGAAAGGCUUUAUUUAGGAAAUGAUAACCAAGAAAAAAUUAAACAAGGUAUUUACAAUAAAUUCACUGGUUCCUUAGAUUAUUUAAAUGGUAUGAAAAAGUUAGAAUAUCUUGAUAUUAGCAAUACGGAUCUGAAUGAAGUAAAUAUAGACAAAUUACCUAAUAGUUUAGAGGAGAUUGAUUACUCUACCAAAAAAAGACCAACCUGUAAAUUAAUCCCUAUUGUUUUGCAGUUAGAAAAGUAUUUUGGUAAAUAUGGUCGUUGUCAAAAAUGUCAACAACCUAACACUAAGUUUGAGGUCGAAAAAGAUGAACAAGGUCAGCCUAAACUUUUAGCCCAAGGUGGUUUUAUUAAUGAUAUCAACAAUAAUAUUGUCAAAUGCUAUGGUAUUUCCCAAAACCCCGAAACUAAGAAUUAUGUGAUGGUAAUGGAAUGUAUGAAAGGAGGCAACCUUAGGCAACAGUUGCAGAAAAAAUAUUUGAGUUUGAAAGAUAAACUUUUUAAAUUACAAAUUAUUGCACGCGGAUUAAAUUCUAUUCAUAGCCAAGGUUUAGUUCACCGAGAUUUUCAUAGUGGGAAUAUAUUAAAUAAAAGUAAUAAAUGGGCAAGCAAUAUUUAUGUUUCUUACCAAAAUUGUUUUAUUACUGACCUCGGUUUAUGUCAACCAGUUAAUUCUCAAAAACAAGAAAGAGAAAUCUUUGGUGUGUGGCCUUAUGUUGCUCCCGAAGUUUUACAAGGUCAACCUUAUACUCAAAAAGCGGAUAUUUACUCUUUUGGUAUCAUUGCUUACGAAUUACUGGCUCAGGCUUAUCCUCAUCCUGAUUUAGAUGGAACCGAGUUGGCCUUGCAGUGUGCUGAAUGUGGCAAGAUUUUACCAGGCAUAUCAUUUGAAAAAGAUGGUAAACAUUUUUGUGGAACUGCUUGCCAAGAUAAAUAUACUGAAACUAAGAGCCAAACCGAAGCAAAAGCCCAACACUUCCAAACCCAACUCUCCCAAAUCAAAAAAACCCUAACCACCCUAAACCAUAAUAUCACCCAAACUGAAUCUUCCUUACAACAAAAACGCACUCAAUUAACCCAAACUCCCUCUGAUAAUAACUUGCAAACUGAAAUUAAUCAACUUCAACAACAAUUAACUGCUUAUAAAAGUCAAAAACAAAAAUUAGAAACUAUUUUGCCUAAAUUAGAACAGCAAAUCAAUAGUCUUAACAGUCCAAGUGAAAACAAUUCAGAACAAGAGCAAAUUAUCCAGCAAUUAGAGCAAGAAAUUAAGGAAAUUAAUCAGGAAUUAGGAAUAGAUGAUAAAACUGAUAAGCCAACUCCAAAAAAGGAUGAUAAACCAACUAAAAAUCCUAAAUCUCCUAAGGAAAAAGAUAAUAAAUCACCUAAUCAUAAAGAAGAUAAUCCCAAACCAGAUCCUAAUAAUAAUAAAAAUCCUUCACCAUCACCACAACCUAAUCCUCAUAACUCCCCCGAUAACUCCCAAAUCCAAACUUUCCAAACUCUCCACAACCAGACCCAAGACUUAAUUACCGAAUUAGAAAAAAUUGAGCAAGAAUUAGAAGAGAAUUUAACCAACUGA